AUGCAGACAGGCAAUAACUUUUUCAAGAGUUUUAUUCCCGUAAAGAUCUAUCAGUCAGUAAGUUCUUUAUAUAUGACCUGCAUAUCGAAAAUGCCUCGGAACUCUGUUCAGCCGGAGUGUGAUCAGAGUUUGGUGAUCGAACAGGCCUUGGUUUCAGCCGUCGAUGAGACACUUCGUCCCCUGGACUAUGAAAAACGGCAGCGGGAGGCACGUGAGAUUCUUCUCAAAUCGCAGGAGAAUCUGUUUCAACUGAUGGGCCAAUGCCCGAGUUCCACGGAGGAGGAGAAUGCCUUAACGGAAGACGAUGAGGAAGGAGCUUUCAGAGAACCUGUGCGUCUUAAAUCGAAGAUAUUACUAAACGAAUAUCGGAAGUUGUAUGAAGAGCCCUCGCAGACUGCAUUUAAGGACCUUCUACCCAUGGAAGAGAUCAAGCAAUAUAUGUGUCUGUUACUGGGUCUUUGCCUUCUGGCUGGCAGCUUCUUCAUUCUAAUCCAUUGCGGCAAUCACUAUUUCCUAUAA